UGACAAGAGGAAGCCAUGAUCGCAACGAGGAAGGAAGCCAUCUUUUUGAUCGGAAUGCACCUCGUCCCCAACAUUUUCGGCGUGGCCCGCUUUUCAUACGGAUUUCACUAAACGGCAUCAGCAUACCUCUUAGGCGCACGUUCCUGCGGCGAGCGUCGGCGGUGGCGUCACCAAGCGAACGAACACAGCGAAGAAUGAAAGCGAACGCUGAGCGCAGCGGUGGAUGAAAGACACGAGGAGGAAAGCGUAGGAGGCAGAAGGUGGCCUCGUAUUGGAUAUCCGGCUUGGAGCCGAGUCUGUCACCAACGUUUGCACCAACGUGGUGAUGAUCCUACUUUGGAGGGAGGCGUCGACUGCAGCGCCGCCUCAUGCACGACACCCCGUGCUAAUGACGAGCGUGCUGGGUGCGUUUGUGGUGUGGAACACCCUGGCUGUGCUGCAUGUGCUGCUGCUGCGGCAACCUGGCCGGCCUACGUUACCCGCCUAAAUGGUACACACACCGAGACGUGGAAGAACUCACAAUGCGUGAGCAGAUGAAGAUUGUGAUCUUCUGGGCACCCUUGAUCAUAGGUGUUGCAUUCGCAAAGGUGCAUUACACGGGCCUGCUGUACCAGUUCUACAGAAUCUACAAAAAGACCAGCGGCAAGGCUUACGACGGAGAGGGCCUCGCGGAAAUGGCGUGCCGCGGACGAGCGUCCAGGGCACCAACACCCUCUGUGCCCACAGCCGCCGAAGGCAGAACACCCGCCGGCCUCUCGCCGCUGCAUCCGCACGGCGUAGCACUGCCAACCGCCGCCGCCGAAACCCCACUCACGGCAGUGCAAACGCCCAGCGGCCCUUCGCCGUCCUCCGUUACCCCGCAAGACGGCGGGACGGCCGUGGCCUCCGCGAUUGCGAGCUCCUCGGCGACGCCUCAGCCGCAGACGGCCGACGGUUCCGCAGCGGUGACUCCUCGGUCGAUCGUCCAAACACCGACGAAACCACGCGUGGCAGCCGAACGAGAUCUAGCCGUGACGGUCGACUCCGAAGCAAAGUGUCGACCUCCAGCCGCCGGUCGUUCGAAGAAGCAGCCUACCACUGCGGACGGUCGCAAUGCCGGCGGCAAAGCGACGGCGACAAAGAGCCCCGCCGAACGCACGCGACCGUUAUAGAGAACCCACUAAAACCUGCCCAGGCAGCGAUGCCGCUGCAGCGUCCACGGCAGCCAGGGAUAGGUGGCAGACGGCACCGACAGCGUUCGCAGACGUCACAGAUUCUUCGAGGACGCAGAAGCUUCGUAUAGACGCUAUUAACUGAUUGCCGUGCUAUUAUCGCCUUCUAUACAUAAUUUAAAAGAAACAAGAAUGUUGGCUUUGGUGUUACUUGGUGUCCAAGCAACUGCAAAUAUCUUAAUGUCCAAUAAGUGUGCCACGUCAGUUUCGCGUACUUUAGACCGACACAAUUACUUCUGCUAAUAACAAACAUAGCCAAUUUGUGAUAGCGGUGUAUUGCCGCUGCUCGUAGUUGCAUUCCGAUAGCUCUGUUAAUUUGUAAUGGAUGAAGGUCAUUCAAGAAAUGUUGUUCGGCUCGUAAGGCGUGCGAGGACAGUUUCCAAAGCAGUUAGCAUUAGGCAGUGUACACCAACAUAGCAACCCCGACCGAGCACUGAAGUUACAUGGCUAGAGGCGUAUAUGUGGAAAGCCUGCAAAGCAACACCUGGCCAAUCAUUCUGCUAGUACGCGUAGUUUUUUUGGGGGGAAAAUAUAGGCUGGACAAUUUUUA